AUGAAUAAUAUCGUUCUAGCAUUAUUGGUCAUUGUGACUGGUUACAUUGUUAAGAUUACUCUUUUCCCAUCUUACAAACAGAAUCCAAAUUUGAAAUCCAAAGGUAAAAAGAAACCAGAAGUGGAAAAGAAGAAGCCGAUCGUUGAAGGAUCAUUCACUCCUCGUCAGCUCUCGCAAUACAAUGGACAUGACGAAAAAGAAAUCUUUAUUGCUGUGAAAGGCACUGUCUAUAAUGCCAGCUCAGCUCGUGGAUUUUAUGGUCCUAGUGGGCCUUAUUCCAAUUUUGCUGGACAUGAUGCUUCAAGGGGUUUGGCCAAGAACUCGUUUGAGUUCGACGUCAUUAGAACUUUUGAACAGCCAAUUGAUGACUUGAACGAUUUAACCGAAACGGAGAAGGUUGCUUUGGAUGAUUGGGAAGCGUUAUUCAAAAGAAAAUACCCUGUUGUUGGUAAAUUAGUUGCCGAGGAAACUUAG